AUGGGAUUGAAGGGUUUGUUUACUGUCUGUUUCAAACAGAAGAGUCCACCACCUUGGGGAACAAUAGAUGUUGAGGAAGAAGUUGCUUUGGAGAAUGCAAAACUUUACACCUACAAAGAGUUGCAGAUUGCAACUGAGGAUUUCAGUCCUGGGAACAAAAUUGGGGAAGGAGGUUUUGGUUCGGUCUACAAGGGGACGCUAAGAGAUGGAAGAUUGGCUGCUAUUAAAGUUCUGUCUUCUGACUCAAGCCAGGGAGUUCGAGAGUUCUUGACGGAGAUUGUUACAAUUUCACGUCUAGAACAUGAAAACCUUGUAAAGUUGUAUGGCUGCUGUGUUGAGGCACGCCAAAAGAUAUUGGUCUAUGGCUAUCUCGAAAAUAACAGCCUUGCGCAAACUCUUUUAGGUGGUGGCCGAAGCAACAUCCGGUUUAGCUGGAAAACAAGAACUAAGCUGUGCCUUGGUGUUGCACGGGGGCUUGCAUAUCUCCACGAAGAAGUUCAACCCCAUAUUAUACAUAGAGAUAUUAAAGCAAGCAAUAUUCUUUUGGAUAAGGACCUAAGCCCCAAAAUUUCAGAUUUUGGCCUAGCAAAGCUCUUUCCAUCUCAUUUAACCCAUGUUAGCACACGGGUUGCGGGAACUUUAGGUUAUUUGGCUCCUGAGUAUGCAAUUCGAGGUCAAGUGACACGGAAAGCUGAUGUUUACAGCUUCGGUGUACUCCUAAUGGAAAUUGUGAGUGGCAGAUGCCAUACAAACAGGCGGUUACCUGUUGGGGAACAACAUCUUCUAGAAAGGGUAUGGACACUCUAUGAGAAAGGGGAGCUUCUCCAGUUAGUAGAUAUGGAUCUGGAAGAUGAUUUUGACGUUGAUGAGGCCUCCAGGUACCUGAAGGUCGGUAUUUUAUGCACCCAAGAUGAGCCAAAGAAGCGGCCUACCAUGUCUACAGUGGUACAAUUGCUGUCAGGUGUGCUAGAUUUGGAUGAUAAACAGUUAUCCAAACCAAGGCUUCUGGAAGAGCUAUUAGGUAUUAGGGGUCAAAAGAACAUCUCAACGUCCAUAGAAUCUGCUAGUUCCGGAAAUCCUUCGAUUUUCUCCUCGUUCGUUCUUUCUCUUCGCUACCGCUCUCCAAGCCGCUCGCCAUCGGUGAGUGAUACAAUCUUGCUCGAUGGGUGUGAUUUCGAGCAUUGGCUCGUCGUGGUGGAGAAGCCGGAUGAAAGCUGGACCAGAGACCAGAUAAUUGACAGCUAUAUCAAAACCCUGGCUCAAGUCGUCGGAAGUGAAGAAGAAGCAAGGAUGAAAAUAUAUUCAGUUUCUACGAGGCACUACUUUGCAUUUGGAGCUCUUGUUUCAGAAGAGCUCUCUUUCAAGCUCAAAGAACUGCCUGGGGUGAGGUGGGUCCUCCCAGAUUCUUACUUGGAUGUCAGGAACAAGGAUUAUGGAGGAGAGCCCUUUAUCAAUGGACAGGCUGUUCCGUAUGACCCCAAGUAUCAUGAGGAGUGGGUGAGAAAUAAUGCUCGUGCAAAUGAGAGAAAUAGGCGUAAUGACAGACCCCGUAACAACGACCGCUCUAGAAAGUUUGAACGAACAAGGAUGCAAGAGAAUAACGGAGGCAAUACGUACCCAAGUGGGCCAAACAACCCAGGCUUUGCACCUCCCAGAAACAUGGGGCCGGGCAAUGCACCUAAUCCACAAUUUGGAAAUGCAACGAAUCCUGGAGGAGCACCGUAUCAGUCUCCAUCUGGGCCAAAUCAGAACAAUUAUGCUCCAAACAUGCCCGGUGGCAACCCCUAUCAAAGUAACAACAUGAGUGGUGUCGCUAAUCAGUAUGGAAAUGUACCAAACAAUGGUCCACCUUAUCAAUCUGGACCUGGGCUGAAUCAACACGGGUAUGCACCAAACAUGGCUGGUGGCAACCCUUACCAGAACAGCAAUGCAGGCAUGCCCAACAAUGCGCCAAAUCUGCAGUAUGGAAAUCCACCAUACCCUGGAGCUUCCUAUCAAUCUGGACCUGCACUGAAUCAAAACAGCUAUACACCAAAUACAGCAGGUGGAAGUCCUUACCAGAACCAAAACAUCCCUGGGAGAGAUUAA